UUGGCAGCACUGUUUACUGUUGUGCAUGGCAGCUGCCUGUGUUCCGUCGGUCUGGAGUAUAAAAGCAUCAUUCGAACGUUUUGAGCAGUUUUUCGGCGAUGAGUAUAUGCAUUUUGAUAUGCGUGUUCGUAAGUACAAUCGUACAGCAAUGACACUGAACGGGACGAUCUUCAUAAAUCAACUGAUGGAUAAUGCGAUGUUGUUAUCAAGUGACGUGUUUCUCAGCCGUCUCGGGAAUCAACAGUUUCAACACUAUCCCCUACACCUGCCUACCGGUGGCCUGUGUGAUUUUUUUAACCAUUUGCACGAAGAAUAUGCUUCGGUCAUUGAGGAUAUUGAAAAUAUUCCACUGCAGAACGAAUGUCCAAUAACUCCGCGAGCAAUGCUGGUGAAGGACAAAUUGUUCCCAACGGAAGUGCUGCCCGAUACACUGUCGAACGGUUUGUGGAAGAUGGUGAUCUCCGGUGUUAUCAAUGAAACGAUAGUGAUGCGGUACAUGAUAAGCGUUCGCCUAAAUGAUGACUACAUGAGCUUUUAGCCGUUGGAGUUUGGGGGUGUGGAAUUUCAAUAAAAUUACUAUAAAUAUUUGUGACGCA